AUGGGAAAAGACUACUACAAAACUCUUGGCGUCGCCAAGGAUGCUUCGGAUGAUGAAAUCAAGAAAGCCUAUCGUAAGAUGGCAUUGAAGUAUCAUCCAGACAAGAACAAGGAAGAAGGAGCCGAAGCCAAGUUUAAGGUUUUUUUCUUUUGGAAACUUUGAAUUACGGUAAACAGGAAAUGGGAAAUUUCAAAAUAAAUGUUUAGGACAUUGCUGAAGCGUACGAAGUUCUUUCGGACCCAAAGCGACGAGAAGUCUACAACAUGUAUGGCGAAGAUGGCCUGAAAAACGGCGGAAUGGGAGGUCCUGGAGCCGGCGGCGGCGGAGGCAUGCCUGGUGGUGCUUAUCAUUAUGAGGUAAUCUUGAUAGCCCGAAUUGGCGCAGCUUAUCGUCUUUUUUUUCUGACGAAAAGCCCGUGUACCAAAUUUUUCCACUUCUCUUUUAACCUUUGUUUUUUUCUUGCUUUCUCGUUAGCAGUUUUAUAGAGAAAAAUUUUGUAUCUACGGUGCCUUUUUUAAGUUUUUUUUUGAAUGUGACUGCCUUGCGCGGUAUGCUAUCCUUCUUUUCGGAAGUGAUAUAUUUUUUUCAGUUCCAAGGAGAUCCAUUCCGGGUUUUUUCGCAGUUCUUCGGGGGAAGCGAUCCAUUUGGUGGCGGCGGUGGUGGACCAAGGUUUGAAUUUUAUUUAUUCUUCAUUUACGUUGGAAAUUGAAUUUUUAGUAUGUUUGAUCUUGGCGGGAUGAGCGGCGGACCAGGUAUUUUCAUGAAUAUGGACGAUGGUGGUCAUGGUAUGGGCGGUUAUGGAGCGUCUGGAGGACAUGGCAGGAGAGGUAGAGCCUAAUUUUUUUAUUUUAGAAAAAUUCAAUUAAGUUUUGGCCCGAAUGAACUUCAAAGUUGAAAAAUUGUGCUGUAUCAAUUUUAAGACGAUUUCAAAAUGUUUUAAGUGUUAAAAAAAUCAAUCGAGGAUUUUUGAAUGGGCAAAUAAAAAAAUAGGGCAAAUCGUGAAAUUUGUAAAUCUUUUUCGGAUAUUUUUAUGUUUUGCAUUUCUGUUGAAUACGCGUAAAAAGGUUUUCAGAAAUCUUUACGAGAAUUUUUUUUCAAAAUUCUGAUUUUCAGGAGGACGACAAGAUCCGCCGAUCAACCACGAUUUGCCGGUCAGCCUCGAAGAUGUGGCUAAAGGAACAACGAAAAAGAUGAAAAUCACGAGGAAAAUCGUCGGCAACGAUGGCUCCUCCAGGACAGAAGACAAAGUUUUGACGAUUUCGAUCAAGCCAGGCUGGAAAAGCGGCACUAAGAUCACUUUUCCCAAAGAAGGCGAUCAAAAACCUGGCCGCGUCCCGGCAGAUAUUGUGUUUAUUAUCAAGGUAAUCGAAGAGACCCAAAGAUUCAUUCAAUCGACAUUUUUCUCAGGAUAAGCCCCAUCCGAAGUUCAAACGCGACGGUUCCGACAUUCGAUAUCAACAACGAAUUAGUUUGAAAAACGCACUCAUCGGAUGCGAGUUAGAUAUUCCGACGUUGGAAGGAAACAUACAACAUUUGAAAAUUACCGAUAUCAUCAGGCCGGGAACUCACCGAAGGUAUGAAACUCGGAAUAUUUUAUGAAAUUCAAAGUUUCCGAAUUUAAGGUUGCCUCAUCUCGGCCUUCCCAACCCGAAAAGCCCCAACGUCCGCGGAGACUUGAUCAUCGACUUUGAAAUUGUCUUCCCAACUUCUAUCACCCCUUCGGCCAAAGAAUUGCUUAACAACGCAUUGCCUUGA